GCUUCUGGGAGUUCCAGGCAGGGGCAGCACUCUCCGUCUAUGCCUCUCAACUUUGCUAAGGUGGCUGAAGAUACCUGAAGGUGAAUGGCAGUGGCAGGGAAGGAGUAUUUCCGACUGGUCUUCCAAGAGAAAGUGCCUGCGAGGCUGGUAGAGCAGAAUGUGGUUCACUUUCCACCUCUGCAGUGUCUCCUGGAGAAGAAGCAAGAGCUAGCAGCUGUGGACCAGGGUCUGCAGGUCCAGAAGGAGGAGUUCCACAGCAGGAUGGCCACCCUGAGCCAGCGCUGGGCACAGCUGGAACAGAAAGAGAAGGCGCUGAAGGAGUCCUUCAUCCGCUUUGACAAAUUCCUGCAGGAAGCCGAGGCUCGGCGAGGCCGCGCACAGCGGAGAGCAGCUGAGGAGGGGCACGGAGUGCGACAGCGGGAGGCAGAGGCGCUGCGGCUGCGCGCACAGUUGCAGGAGCUGCGGCGGGAGCGCGCCCGGCUGCAGCGCAGGCUGCGGCGCCUGGAGCCCUGCGCGCGCCUGCUGGAGCGCGUGCUGGAGCAGCUGCCCGAGUUUCAGGAGAUUCCGGAACUGGUGGCGCGCUUUGAUGGCCUGGUAGACACACAGGCAGCAUUGAAGCUGGCAGAGCGCAAGCGACAGGUGGAGCUGGACGAGACCCAUGCUCAGCUGUAUCGUCUUCGGGAAACGAAGCAGGAUGAGCUGCUGCGCCUGGGCCAGCAGCGUGCAGAGCUGCGAGAGCAGUUGGAGGCAGCGCGUGAGCGCACACUGCAGUGGGAAUCCAAGUGGACUCAAAUCCAGAACACAGCAGCGGCCAAGACGCUGCUCCUGGGACGCACUCGAAUGGCUGUGCUCAACCUGUACCAGCUUGUGCGCCUGCGCCAGAGACAGCCUCUAGCCCUGGACGUGGAGGACACGGAGGGACAGCUAGAGGAGGUGAAGCUGUUUAUCAUGGACCUCUCAGCCACACUGGCCAGCCUUGCCCAGGCUGAGCCCACAGUCAUGGUAUCCUAGUCCAGCCAGACAAGCAGCGAAGGGGACCUGAGGGACCGACUCCCACAAUUCUUGGUGUACAGGCUCAAUGCAACGGCUCUCUGAAUACCCUUCCUCCUGGGCAAGAUGGAGCUGUGCCAGCCCACAGGACACUCAACUAAGUAGACUACCGUCAGUGGCUGACAGCUGUGCUGGGCCCUUCACCCACCUCACAGGCUGGGGACACAGACAAGCUUAGCCAUGCUGAUGUACUCCAAGACGGGCACUUGCUAAGCAAGGUGGGUCCAAGCAGUAAGCGGCUGUUGGUAGCAUCAGCUCGGUGGGGUCAAAAUGGUAGUCCCCCAGUGUGUGCCUGCCUGUGAGGUCCAGGUGCUGUGGGAUGUGUGACCUUCCCAGACCCUCAAGCAAGAGGUGGGGAAAGCCACCAGUGGGAGGAAGGACACGAGGUUGGCGCGGGCCGGUUCUCACCUUCACGUGCAGAAGGGUAGUGCUGCCUCCAUCCUACAGCAGCCCUGAGCUGUCUCGAGCAAUCGCACCCAGAGACUCAUUCUUCUCAUCUCGGACACAAUGGAGGCCACCUGCUCUCAGCUACUACGAAAGCUGGGACCUGCAAGUCUCCCUUCCAACACCCCAAAUUAACCACA